ACAGUCGGACAGCAAUACCAGCUUCUUGAAAGCUGCUCGAUCGGGCAAUGUUGAUAAGGUACUGGAAUACCUAAAAGGAGGAGUAGACAUCAACACCUGCAAUCAGAAUGGACUCAAUGCUUUGCAUCUUGCUGCCAAAGAAGGACAUCUUUAUCUUGUUAAUGAAUUGCUGGAAAGAGGUUCUUCAGUGGAUUCUGCAACUAAGAAAGGGAACACUGCGCUGCACAUUGCUUCUCUGGCUGGGCAGGUAGAAGUGGUGAAGACUCUGGUCAAGCAAGGAGCCAAUAUCAAUGCGCAGUCCCAGAAUGGGUUUACCCCUCUCUAUAUGGCUGCCCAGGAGAAUCACAUUGAAGUUGUAAAAUAUUUGCUGGAAAAUGGGGCCAAUCAAAGCACUGCCACAGAGGAUGGUUUUACUCCACUGGCUGUGGCACUACAGCAAGGACAUAACAUGGUGGUAGCAAUCCUCCUGGAGAACGACACUAAAGGGAAGGUUAGACUGCCUGCUCUCCACAUUGCUGCCAGGAAGGAUGACACAAAAUCUGCCGCUCUCUUACUUCAAAAUGACCACAAUGCUGAUGUGCAGUCUAAGAUGAUGGUGAAUAGGACAACGGAGAGUGGCUUCACGCCGUUACAUAUUGCUGCACACUAUGGAAAUGUCAAUGUUGCUACACUCUUGCUCAACAGAGGUGCGGCCGUGGACUUCACAGCCAGAAAUGGGAUUACACCUUUGCAUGUGGCUUCUAAAAGAGGAAAUACAAACAUGGUGAAGUUAUUGCUAGACCGAGGAGGACAGAUCGAUGCCAAAACCAGGGAUGGACUUACUCCGCUUCACUGUGCAGCACGGAGUGGACAUGACCAAGCUGUGGAGUUACUUCUAGAAAGAGGAGCACCACUUCUCGCAAGGACCAAGAAUGGACUUUCUCCACUACACAUGGCUGCUCAAGGGGAUCAUGUGGAAUGUGUCAAACACCUUUUACAGCACAAGGCACCUGUGGAUGAUGUCACCCUGGAUUAUCUCACUGCUCUGCACGUUGCAGCACAUUGUGGACAUUACCGUGUCACCAAGCUUCUCCUUGACAAAAGAGCAAAUCCUAAUGCCCGUGCCCUGAAUGGUUUUACUCCAUUGCACAUUGCCUGCAAGAAAAACCGUAUCAAAGUUAUGGAACUGCUAGUGAAAUAUGGGGCUUCAAUCCAAGCUAUAACAGAGUCUGGUCUCACUCCAAUACAUGUGGCUGCAUUCAUGGGCCACUUGAACAUAGUCCUCCUUCUGCUGCAGAAUGGAGCUUCUCCAGAUGUCACUAACAUUCGUGGGGAGACGGCUCUGCACAUGGCUGCUCGUGCUGGACAGGUUGAAGUGGUUCGUUGCCUUCUCAGAAAUGGUGCCCUGGUAGAUGCCAGAGCCAGGGAGGAGCAGACACCUCUACACAUUGCAUCUCGUUUGGGCAAAACAGAAAUUGUUCAGCUGUUACUCCAACACAUGGCUCACCCGGAUGCUGCUACUACUAAUGGCUAUACCCCUCUUCAUAUAUCUGCUAGAGAGGGGCAGUUAGAUGUAGCUUCAGUCUUGCUGGAGGCCGGAGCUGCACACUCCUUGCCUACUAAGAAGGGAUUUACACCUCUACAUGUGGCUGCUAAAUAUGGAAGCCUGGAUGUUGCAAAAUUACUUCUCCAGCGCCGUGCACCACCCGAUUCUGCUGGAAAGAAUGGGCUCACACCACUCCAUGUUGCUGCUCACUAUGACAACCAGAAGGUGGCGAUGUUGUUACUGGAUAAAGGUGCUUCUCCCCAUGUCACAGCUAAGAAUGGUUACACUCCUCUGCAUAUUGCUGCUAAAAAGAAACAGAUGCAGAUAGCUACUACCCUACUGAACUAUGGAGCAGAAACCAACAUUCUAACCAAGCAAGGAGUGACCCCUCUCCACCUUGCAGCUCAGGAAGGUCAUACUGACAUGGUGACACUUCUGCUCAACAAACAAGCCAAUAUUCACGUUGGAACAAAGACUGGACUGACUCCAUUGCACCUAGCAGCUCAGGAGGACAGGAUCAAUGUAGCAGAAAUAUUAGCAAAACAAGGAGCCAAUUUGGAUGCUCAGACAAAGCUGGGAUAUACGCCUCUAAUUGUUGCUUGUCACUACGGAAACAUUAAGAUGGUGAAUUUCCUUCUGUCACGUGGAGCUUGUGUCACAGCUAAAACAAAGAAUGGCUACACUCCUUUACAUCAGGCUGCCCAGCAGGGACAUACCCAUAUCAUCAAUGUUUUGCUGCAAAAUGGUGCCAAACCAAAUGCCACCACUACUAAUGGUAACACUGCACUUGCGAUUGCCAGGCGACUGGGAUACAUCUCUGUGGUGGACACAUUGAAGGUUGUCACAGAGGAGAUCAUCACAACUACCACUACUGUGACAGAGAAACACAAGUUGAAUGUUCCAGAGACAAUGACUGAGGUGCUGGAUGUCUCCGAUGAAGAAGAUGAUACAAUGACCGGCGAUGGUGGGGAGUACCUGCGGCCAGAAGACUUAAAAGAACUAGGAGAUGACUCUCUGCCAAGCAGCCAGUAUUUGGAUGGUAUGACCUAUUUGAGGUACAGCUUGGAGGGUGGACGCUCAGACAGUACUAUGCCUAGUUCAGACAGGUCCCACACGAUGAGCCAUUCGCAUACCUCAGAGGCAGUGCCAUGAUAGAUGAUACUGUUAUCAUACCCCAGGAGCAGGUUUCAUACUUGACAAGAGCAGAGCAGAACACUUAUCGGCUAAGCUGGGGAAACGAUAACUUAGACAACGUUGCACUUUCUUCCAGUCCAAUCCAUUCUGGCCACAUAUCUCCUUGUCUUGAGAGAGACCACAGCAGUUUCUUGGUUAGCUUUAUGGUGGAUGCCCGCGGAGGUGCCAUGAGAGGUUGCAGGCACAAUGGACUGAGAAUAAUAAUUCCCCCUCGGAAAUGCACUGCCCCCACAAGAGUGACCUGCCGUUUGGUGAAGCGACAUCGAUUGGCCACUAUGCCACCUAUGGUAGAAGGAGAAGGUCUGGCUAGUCGUCUCAUUGAAGUUGGCCCUUCUGGAGCUCAGUUCCUUGGUAAACUCCACCUUCCUACGGCUCCCCCCCCUCUAAAUGAGGGAGAAAGCUUGGUCAGCCGAAUCCUUCAACUGGGACCUCCUGGAACCAAAUUCCUUGGACCUGUUAUUGUGGAGAUCCCUCAUUUUGCGGCUUUGCGUGGAAAUGAGCGUGAACUAGUGAUACUGCGCAGCGAGACUGGGGAUAAUUGGAAAGAACAUUUCUGUGAAUUUACUGAAGAUGAAUUGAAUGAGAUCCUUAAUGGAAUGGAUGAAGUUCUUGACUCUCCAGAGGAACUGGAAAAGAAGCGCAUUUGUCGUAUUAUCACACGGGACUUUCCGCAGUAUUUUGCAGUGGUCUCCCGAGUAAAACAGGACAACAACCUGAUUGGACCUGAAGGAGGAAUUCUGAGCAGCAAUGUGGUACCUCAAGUCCAGGCUGUUUUUCCAGAGGGUGCCCUAACUAAGAGAAUUCGUGUUGGCCUUCAGGCCCAGCCAGUGCACCAUGAACUUGUGAAGAAAAUUUUAGGCAACAAAGCAUCAUUCAGUCCUAUAGUGACACUAGAACCAAGAAGAAGAAAAUUCCACAAACCUAUAACAAUGACUAUCCCUGUGCCCAAAGCCUCCAGUGAGGCAAUGCUGAAUGGAUAUGGUGGUGACACACCUACAUUAAGACUACUAUGCAGUAUAACUGGUGGUACAACCCCAGCACAAUGGGAGGAUAUCACUGGAACCACACCACUUACAUUCGUUAAUGAAUGUGUUUCUUUUACUACUAAUGUAUCUGCCAGGUUCUGGUUAAUUGAUUGCCGACAAAUCCAAGAAUCAGUUACAUUUGCUAGCCAAGUUUAUAGAGAAAUUAUAUGUGUUCCUUAUAUGGCCAAGUUUGUUGUAUUUGCCAAAUCCCAUGACCCCAUUGAAGCACGUCUGAGAUGUUUCUGUAUGACAGAUGACAAGGUGGACAAGACACUGGAACAGCAGGAAAACUUUGCAGAAGUUGCUAGGAGUAGAGACGUAGAGGUCCUGGAAGGAAAACCUAUCUAUGUAGACUGCUUUGGAAACCUAGUACCGUUAAUAAAGAGUGGGCAACACCAUAUAUUUAGUUUCUAUGCCUUUAAAGAGAACAGACUGCCAUUAUUUGUCAAGGUACGAGACACAACUCAAGAGCCUUGCGGACGCCUAUCUUUCAUGAAGGAACCAAAAUCUACUAGGGGCCUUGUACAUCAAGCUAUCUGCAAUCUAAAUAUCACAUUGCCAGUUUAUUACAAGGAAUCUGAAUCAGAUCAAGAGGAUGAGGGAAAUCUCAACUCUGAGAAAAAUGAUGAAGAGACAGAAUCCACAGAAACGUCCAUCUUGAAAAGCCAUCUUGUCAAUGAUGAACCAGUGUUAGCAAGCCCCGAUUUGCUGUCUGAAGUGUGUGAGAUGAAGCAAGAUCUUAUUAAAAUGAGCGCUAUACUAACCAUUGAUGUCACUCAAAAACCUGGUACCCUCAAAGCCAAGGACUUUGAAAAGUCAGAAGAGGAUCCAGGAGAACCAUUUGAAAUAGUUGAAAAAGUCAAAGAAGAUUUAGAAAAAGUGAAUGAAAUUCUUAGAACUGGGACUUACACCAGAGAAGAAUUAUUACAUGAUGGUGCCCACUCCUCAAAAUCACAUAAAAAAGAUGAAGAAUGGGUUAUUUUAGGGGAUGAUGAAAUUGAAGAAGCCAAACUAAAUGCACUACUUGAAGUAGCAGAGCUAGCAUGCAUAGAAAUAAUAAUAGAUAGAGGUCAAAAACCAAAAGUAAAAUCUGAUACGAGCGAAAUGGUAAAUUACCUUACUAAUGACCUAAAUUCUUAUUCAGCUGAUUCAGCAGCUAUUCCUGGAACUGAAGCAGAGAAAAAGGAGCAGCGUAAACUGCCGUUAGAAAUAAAAAAACCGGUACGCAGAAAACUCAAAGAGAGACAAAGAGAAGAACUCCAAGGUGCAAGUGACCGUGCAAGUCUGACAAAGUUUAGUUCUGAAGAGUCAUUAGAUGAUGAAACAGGCCUUACUCCAACAGCUGUUCCAAGUGUAAAAGAAGUAUCUCCUGUGAUUGAGGAGACACCAAUCGGAUCAAUUAAAGACAAAGUAAAAGCACUUCAAAAGCGAGUUGAGGAAGAGCAAAAAGGAGUAACAAGCACAUCAAGUAAGCCACAGGUGAAAGAUAUUGCAAGUGAGCCAACAAAGCAGCAAAACAUAGAAUGCGUAGUUCUACCACCUGUUUCUCCUUCAACUAAAUCUGAGCAGCUAGAGGAAACCAUGUCAGUACGUGAGUUAAUGAAAGCUUUCCAGUCAGGUCAUGACCCUUCUAAAGAGAAAUCUGGGCUGUUUGAACACAGAACUGUAAAAUCAUCAGUACAAAAACAGACCUCUAUAGAAAAUAAAUUAACAGAAAAAGUAAUGACUGAUAGCUCAGACUAUGCUAAGUAUAAUUUGAAUUCAGAAAAAGAACCAAGUUUAAACUAUGGGGAAAGUGAACCUUCAUCCCAACUAGACUCUAAUAAAUUAAAAUCUGUUUCUGAACACAUCAGACUGUAUGAGCAAAGCAAAAUAUCUCUUCCUAUUGCUACUGCAGAGGUAGACAUGCAGAAACAUAUGAAAGAAACUGCUGGUUCGCUAGUUGACAGUGAAGCUGUU